UGGUGGGUGUCCCUCCCCCCGCCCAUGAGAUUAGCAGGGCAGCAUGUGACAUCACUGGGUUCCCCUGGGGAUCCCCGCUCCCUGCCCAGAGCUCUGUGGGGUGAGUCAGGGUAGCGCCCUGGUGGGGAUGGGCUUUGUCUGGGGGUCCUGCUUGGCGCUGCCCGUCUCCCUGCCCCGCUUGUGGGCUGGGGCAGCCAUGUGGCAGGGUGCAGUUGUGGUAGAGCACAAGCGACUUUGGCCCCCACGGCCUGGCUCAAUACCCCCAGGGAGCAGGCCCCGCUGGCUCGUUCCUGGCAUGGCUCUGUGCCUGCUGGGCUCAUAGGAGGGGGAGAGAGUUGGCUGAUUCCCGUUGCUAGACCCCCCCAAUCCUGUCCUGGGGGCCCUGAUUGCUCCCAGUCUGGGCCGGUAUCCCAGUCCUAGGGACAUGGGGAAGGUAACGGAGCUGUGGGGUGGUGCUGUCUGCUGUGGAAUGUGCCCUGACCAGUCCGGGCAGGCUGGGCUCUGGCUUGUGCUGGCGCCUGCUGCCCUAGGCGUGUCCCCCUUGCUGACUGCCUCCCCCCCCAGCUGGGAGCUGGAGUUGAUGCCGCCUGGUCUUGGGGAUGGAGGGAAGAUCCUGACCAUGACGGAUGGGCUCAUGAGCAAAGCUGCCACGAUGGAGAUCCCCAUCAACGGAACCGGGGACACGAGCAGCCUGCCGGAGGACGAUGGCCUGGAGCAGGAAAAGGUGGCACCUGUUUGCACCCCCCUCCUGGGUGUCAGGUUAUGCAGCUGCAAACAGCUGGGCAGCCUCACCUGCUCCAGGGCCUCAGCAAAAUCACACCCCCAAUUCCCACCUCUGAAGUAUUGGUGCAGCACACAGGAAAACUGAGGCACAGCCAGUGUUGUUAUAGGACACUAAGACUCACAUGCUGGCUGGGGGCAGCAGGGCCAGGCUGCCCUUGGGGGCUGACUCCCCAUUCCAGGGGCCAGUCUGAGCCCAGAGCUGCCCCCAGCCCCCCUGGACUCUGCUCUUGUCCGUUUCAGGACCUGCAGCAGGUGAUGGUGUCGGGGCCCAACCUAAACGAGACCAGCAUUGUGUCGGGGGGCUACGGGGGCACCGCUGAGGGGAUCAUCCCCACCAGCACUGUCAAAGGCCCUGCAGUGCGGUAUAACGCCUCCUUCCCGGGACUGCGGCUCCUCCAUGCACAAGGCUCCUUUGUCACAUCUCAUUCCUCCCGAGGACCAUCCAUCUCACCCAGUGAAUCUGCUGCCAGCCAGAUCGCCAGCCAGGCAGAUGCAUCAGCAGGCUCUGGGCUGCACCUGCCCCACCCCGGCCCCCUGGCAGCGGGAGACGAGGCCGCCCGGGGCAUCGCUGUGGAGAAGUUUGAUAUUGUCAAGAAAUGGGGCAUCAACACAUACAAGUGCACCAAGCAGCUGAUCUCGGAGCGCUUCGGCCGGGGCUCACGCACAGUGGACCUGGAGCUGGAGACACAGAUCGAGCUGCUGCGGGACACGAAGCGCAAAUACGAGUGUGUACUGCAACUGGCCCGGGCGCUGACCCACCACUUCUACAGCCUGGUGCAGACCCAGCACGCCCUGGGCGACGCCUUCUCCGACCUGAGCCAGAAAUCCCCCGAGCUGCAGGAGGAGUUUGGCUGUAAUGCAGAGACGCAGAAGCUGCUGUGUAAGAACGGAGAGACCCUGCUUGGGGCUGUCAACUUCUUCGUCUCCAGCAUCAACACCCUAGUGAACAAGACUAUGGAGGACACGCUCAUGACUGUUAAGCAGUAUGAGACGGCCAGGCUGGAGUACGACGCCUACCGCACAGAUCUGGAGGAGCUGAGCAUCGGCCCGCGGGACGCCAACACCCUGUGCCGCCUCGACGCCGCCCAGAGCCACUUCCAGAGCCACAAGGGGAAGUACGAGAAGCUGCGGGCCGAUGUGGCCAUCAAACUCAAGUUCCUGGAGGAGAACAAGAUCAAAGUGAUGCACAAGCAGCUGCUGCUCUUUCACAACGCCGUCUCUGCCUACUUCGCCGGCAACCAGCAGCAGCUGGCCCAGACCCUGCGGCAAUUCAACAUCAAGCUGAAGACGCCGGGUGCCGAGAAGCCCUCGUGGCUGGAGGAGCAGUGAGCGGCCUGAACUCUGAGCUCUGGCCGGGGCCAGGCGCAUGUGGGCGAGGGGGACCCCUGCACAAGCCCUGCGGCCUGGACCCUGGCUGGGUACAUGGGGCCCCUUUGCCUCUGGUGGCCCUGGGCUCUGUGCCCAGGUGGGGGCUGGAGACGGGCCCUGAGCUGCGGCAGGGCUCCCCCGUCUGCAACUCUGCCCUGGAAGUUCGGUGCCCCCAGCCUGGGCUGCUCCUAGGGGUGCAGCGCUUCAGUGACCCCCACCCAGUGCAGCUGCAGGGCAACGGGGGUCACUUCUGGGGGGCCCAGUGUGUCCCACCCCCCAACAGGCCUCACUCCUGGAGGGGGUAGCAUGUCCCACCCCUCAACAGGCCUCACUCCUGGGGGGACAGGGGGGCCCAGCAUGUCCCACCCCCCAACAGGCCUCACUCCUGGGGGGGGGAAGCAUGUCCCACCCCCCACCCCCCAACAGGCCUCACUCCUGGGGGGGGCAGCGUGUCCCACCCCCCAACAGGCCUCGGGGGGGCGGUGUGUCCCACCCCCCAACAGGCCUUACUCCUAGGGGGAGGGCCGUGUGUCCUGUCGUCCCCCACUCCCAAUAGGCCUCACUGCUGGGGGCGGGAGGCAGUGUGUCCUUUCCCCCCAGCCACUCCCAAUAGACCCCACUCCUGGGGGGCCGGUGUGUCCUGUCCCCACCAACAGGCCUCACAGGCCUUCUGGGGAGCGGGAGGGGGCAGUGUCUCCUGUCCUGCCCCUCAGGGCCUCACUUCUUACAGUCCCAGGCCUCAGUGUUUUCGGGGGGAAGGGUGUGGGGGGGCUGGGAGCCAGGACUCUUGGGUUCUGUUCCAGCUCUGGCUUGUGACUUGGGGCCAGUCCUUCCCUCGCUUUAUGUAGUUGGUCUCUGGCAUUUCCAGAGGGGGCGGGUCAGCUGCUUUCAUUACUUCCUCCCCUCUCGGACACACACACUACAGCCCCUUCUUUCCCUGCACUGGGGCAGCAGGUGUCUGGGGACUGCCCUGCCCCUGGGCUCCAGCCCCCUCGCCCGCUGCGGGCAGGGGGACAGGUUGGGCUUGGCACACGCCUGCUGGCUUCAGCCUUUCCAUUUGCACAGAGCCAGCCUCCGGUGGCCAGUGCUGGCCACUCCAGCAGCACAGGGCUCCUCCAGCAUGCGUGUGUGCAGUGGGGUGGCCAGGUCUGUCCUGUGCUGGCCACGCCGGGGCCCCUCUGCCGCCGGGCCAGGUGGCGCUGCGGCCCUUUCUCCUCUGCCAAGGGAGAAGUGGUUUGUUUUUCUUGCUAAUUUAAUCCCUGGUUCUACCCCAACCCCCCACAUCUGUGAAGGCUCCAGAAUAAAAGGGUACGAAGUCA